CUUUGCGAUCCUGCGGCUCCCUGUCUUCUAGGAUUCAAAUAGCUCGUAACACAGUAUCAUCCACAAUGCUCUCCUCAAAGCCACUGCGAGUUGGCGUCAUCGGCCCCGCUGGGUUCGGAGGCUCCUACCUCUGCGUCGAGCUGCUAAACCGCGGCCACACAGUCAUUGGGAUAUCGCGGAAUCCGCAGAAGCUGGGAAAGCACGAACGAUACAUACCACGGCCGGUCGACAUCGAUGAAGUCUCUAUAUCAGAGCUCGCAAAGUCCUUCGAGGGCGUGGAUGUCCUCGUCUCGGAAUAUGGUCCACACACAGCCGGCGCGGAUGCGUUGCUAUACAUGCCGUUCCUCGAGACCGUCCGUAAAAUUAUCCUUGCCGUCAAGCAGUCGCCCGUGAAAUACUUCCUCUUCGUUGGAGGCGCCGGCUCGCUCCACGUGCCAGGCACUCAGGAAUGCUGUGUCGACCACCCAGAUUUCUUUAUGGCGUACAGACGAGCAAUAGCCACUUCAGAAGCGCACAUAGCAUAUAUGGAAGAAAGGCUCGGCAUCAUGGGCACCGCCCUCCGCGCAUACCGCAACGCGCGCAUCGCGGAGCGAGAAGGUCGCGCAACCGAAGACGACAAGAAGGCCAUCGCCGACUACGAAGCAGGCAUCAAGAAGAAGGAUCGUGCAACUGACUUUAUAAAAGCCGGUCGAACGGCCUUCAUGUUCUUUGACGGAAACACGUCGUUCAAAUGGUCAUUCGUUUCGCCUUCUGCGCUGUACAGGCCAGGAAAGAGGACCGGCAAGUACGAGAUCAGCGUGGAUGAUAUGGUGUUGAUGAGGGAACAGAAAGGCGGCAGUAUUUUCGAGGAUAGACUGACAGGCAUCACUGUGGCGGAUAUGGCGAUAGCAAUUGCGGAUGAGGUCGAGACUGAGGAGUUGGUCGGGAAGCACUGGAGUGCGGUGGGCGAUAUAUCGGAGGAUAAGUCUGCGCCGGCGUAUCUGACGUUAGAUGCCGUGGAGGGCGGUAGUAAGUAG